AAUACUUAAAAAGUUCAGAUAAUGUAAAAAUAUCAAGAAUAGAUUCACUUGUUCCAAGUCACUGUUUAUGCUAAUUUGCCAAAAGCUAAGGAAAUAAUAAAAGGUAACAAAACGUAGAUUCUUGAGAAGAAAGGUAAAGUGUGGUAUGGGAAGAGUUUCAACUAUAGAAUAGGAAUAUUUAGACAACAAAAAGAGAUGCCUUUAAUAUCAAACAUAGGCCUUUUUAGAACAAGAAAGUGAUGCUUUUCCCACGAGGCAUGUUAUAUAAAAAAAAUUGGAGAGGUCAAGAAUAAUGAAGAUACUAACAAUCUCAUGUGCAAAUGCUAAUUAGGCAGGAAUCAGAUUCCAAUCAAUCAAUAAGACUUGAAAAAGAAAUGAAACAAUCCAUAAUCUUUCCAAAUCUUGCUACUCCAUCAUCUCCUUCUCAACCUGAAACAGAACAUUGUCCUUCUUCAUGACUCAGAAGUUGUUUUGCAUGGUGAUGAGGAUUAACAUAGACUGCAAAGGAUGUUACAUGAAAGUAAGUCGAGCACUUCUAACAAUACCAGAGCUGGAGACAAGAUUCAUAGAGAAAAAUCAUAGCAGAGUAAUUGUUUGUGGGAAUUUUGUACCACAAGAUGUAGCCAUCAAAAUAAGGAAGAAAACAAAUCGGAGGGUUGAAAUAUUGGAGAUACAAGAUUUAAGUGGCAGUGACGAAAAACAAGAAGAACAAAUUCCCUUAAUAAGCUCAUGCAACAACCAAACUGAAGCAGAAACAUAUGUAACAACACAAGAUUCACAACCACACAUGUACUUUCAAGUUAUCAGCUAAUCAGAACAUAAUUGUAAUCACUUUUAUUGUUUAUUUCUGUUAAUUAAUGCCUAGUCCCAUUGGGUUUAGAUCUUUCCGUUUUGUCUAAUUAUUGAUUUAUAUUGUGGAUUUAACUUGUAUGUA